CGGCGGGGGAAGGAGGAAGGCGGGUGCUUCCGGUCAUGUGGCGCUAGGCGCCGGAAGUGCUGCGGGCUGGCGGAGAGGGCGAGCGGAGCUGCGCUGCUAGUGGGGGAGACAGGAGCCGGUGCUCAUUGAAUGGGACUUCACAAACUGCUUGACAACAUACAAACAAAAUGGCAUAUAGGAGAGAUGAAAUGUGGUCUGAAGGACGGUAUGAAUAUGAAAGACUUCCAAGAGAACGACUUCCACCAAGGAUUCAUCCUGAUGAUGACUACCAUAGAGUAGUUAACAUUGUACCCAAGAAACCACCACUACUAGAUAGACCUGGGGAGGGAAGUUACAGUAGAUAUGACGACUACGGUCAUGUUGACUACAGAGACUAUGAUGAGGGUCGCAGUUUUGCCCAUGAACGAAGAAGUGGCCCACCACAUAGAGGUGAAGAUUCAGGAUAUAGAUGGCCAAGGGAAGACCACCCCGCAAGUCGACAACCUGAAUACAGGGACAUCAGAGAUGGCUUCAGAAGAAAAAGCUUCUACCCUUCUCAUUAUAUAAGAGAGAGAUCCCCGCAUAAGAGGGACUCUCCUUUCUUCAGGGAAUCACCUGUGAACAGAAGAGAUUCUCCACACAGCAGAUCUGGGUCCAGUGUCAGCAGUAGGAGCUACUCCCCUGAAAGAAGCAAAGUCUAUCCUUUCCACCAGUCCCAGCAUAGCAGAAGUAUGUCAUCUUUACAUAAAAGAAAUAUUUCUUCUCAGCAAGGUAAAGAAAGGCCUUCAGGUCAGUCAUUGAAAACAUCAAGAGAUGCAUCCCCAUCAGGUUCAACAGCAGUACCCUCUUCAAAGGCCCUGGAAAAAAGUAGCAGGCUAUCAGAAAAGGAACUUGCUGAGGCUGCAAGCAAGUGGGCAGCUGAAAAAGCAGAGAAUGCUGAUGAAAGCAAUUUACCUGAAAUUACUGAAUAUGAUGCAGGGUCCUCAGCUCCAUUAUAUGUUGAACAACCAGAGGAAACGGAGACAAAUAUAACAGAUGCUACUGAGUUGUAUGAAGACAACCAGCUUCUUGGCCGUUCAAAAGCGAUUGCAACAAAAACCAAAGAGAUUGAACAGGUUUACAGACAAGAUUGUGAAACCUUUGGUAUGGUGGUGAAGAUGCUGAUUGAUAAGGAUCCUUCAUUAGAAAAGUCUAUUCAGUUUGCUCUCAGACAGAAUUUGCAUGAGAUAGGUGAGCGAUGCAUUGAAGAACUAAAACAUUUCAUUGCUGAAUAUGAUGCUGCCAAUCAAGAGUUAUCAGAGUCCUUUAAAGAGGGGCAAUAUUAAGAACAAAAUAUGCUUUUAGAUUUUCUGUAUUGUAUAUGCCAUUAAUAUAUAAAUAUGCUUUUUUGUGGAGAAGGGGAGAUCUUAAUGGAGAUUUGAACCCAAGGCCCAUGCUCUUUCAUAGUAGCUAAGCUUGUUCACUGUGGUCUCCGCAGUAUUCUUCUUUUCUGUAUUUGUUGUCUGACAUUUCUUCCUUUGAAGAGGAUAUGCAUUUCAAUAAUGAUGUAAAGUGACAAACUAUUUUUGAAAACCUUUACAUAAUUACCUAGGGAAAAAAAAAGAAGUGUUCAUUCUGAUGUAUGUAUACUUUUGUUUUGUUGUUUAGAAGUGUAACUGAGCACUGUAUUUUUAUUAAAAUAACGAGAAGCAA